GUUUCACAGAAGCAGGCGCCAUGUCGGGCGCGGCGUCAGCGGUGUACAUCCUGGACAUGAAGGGGAGGGUCCUGAUAUGGAGGGAUUACCGUGGCGAUGUUCCUGCAUCCGCUGCAGAGAAAUUCUUUAACAAGCUGAUGGAAGGCGAGGCUGACCCGUCCUCGCGAGAGCCGGUGAUUCUGGACAACGGAGUUACGUACCUCUUCAUUCAGCACAACAACGUGUACCUCAUGAUCGCCACCCGGCAAAACGCCAACGCGGCCAGCCUACUGCUCUUCCUUCACAAAGCCGUGGAGGUCUUCAAGUACUACUUCGACGAGCUGGAAGAGGAGUCCCUAAGAGACAACUUCGUCAUUGUGUACGAGCUACUGGACGAGAUAAUGGAUUUUGGGUACCCGCAAUUCACAGAGGCAAAGAUUCUGAGCGAGUUCAUCAAGACGGACUCGUACCGGCUGGAGCUGUCCACGCCCAAGCCCAACAUCGCUGCCGUCACCAACGCCGUCUCCUGGCGUAGCGAGGGCAUCCGCUACAAGAAGAACGAGGUGUUCCUGGACGUGGUUGAGAGUGUGAACAUCCUGGUGAACAGCAACGGUCAAGUGGUGCGGUCUGAAGUCGUGGGCGCCCUCAAGAUGCGAACGUACCUCAGUGGCAUGCCAGAGUGCAAGCUAGGGUUGAACGAUCGAGUGCUGCUGGAGGCACAGGGUAGAGCGACCAAGGGCAAGGCGAUUGAUCUGGACGACAUUAAGUUCCACCAGUGUGUGCGUCUGGCUCGGUUCGAAAACGAUCGGACCAUCUCCUUCAUCCCACCUGAUGGGGCCUUUGAUCUUAUGACCUACCGGCUUAGCACUCAGGUGAAACCCCUCAUCUGGGUGGAGGCGAUGGUUGAGAGGCAUUCGCGCAGCCGAGUGGAGUACAUGGUGAAGGCGAGGAGCCAGUUCAAGGAGCGCUCAACUGCAACGUCCGUGGAGAUAGAGCUGCCGGUGCCCAUGGACGCCAUUGACCCCGCCGCCCGCACCUCCAUGGGCACCGCUACGUACACGCCCGAGCGCGAGGCCAUCCUCUGGAAGAUCAAAUCGUUCCCCGGAGGCAAGGAGUACCUGCUGCGAGCGCGUUUCAGCCUGCCCAGUGUGGCAGCAGAGGAUGACGUGGCAGAGAAGAAGGCUCCGAUCCGCGUGAAAUUCGAGAUACCCUACUUCACAGUCUCUGGCAUCCAGGUGCGUUAUCUCAAGAUCAUUGAGAAGAGCGGCUACCAAGCAUUGCCGUGGGUGCGUUACAUCACAAUGGCUGGCGAGUAUGAGCUGCGCAUGAUAUGA